UACAGUUACUUAAGUAUUAAGUAGCAUUUUUGUUUUUGGUUGUGUUAUCGGUAAAUGAUAAGAUUAUUUCAUUAUGGACACACAAAGUAGUUCCAUGGGCGGUGGACAUGCUUGAAAGUUUACGCGCUUAAUCAAGUACAUUGGGUAUUUGUAAACAAAAAUGGUUAUAAAGAACAGAGUGGUUUACGGUGGGCCAGCAUUAAGCGUUCCAGCCCAUUUAUCUUUUGGACAAUACAUUAUUGACAAACUAACAGAGCACAGUGCAGACGAUACGAAGAUUGCUUUGGUUCACGGUGGGAGUGAUGAAAAAAUAACAUAUAAACAACUCCUACACGACGUGGUCAGCUUUGCUACCGGCUUGAGGCGGUAUGGCGUGACGCGCGGUGUGAUCGUGGCGCUGUGCAGCGAGAACAGGCUGCAGUACAUGGUGGCCACCAUGGCGGCGAUGUGCUGCGGUGCCACCAUCACAACACUUAAUCCACAAUACACUAAAGAUGAGGCUAUUCACGUCUUAAAUAUUUCAAAACCUUCCAUACUGAUAGCAUCGGAAGUAGUACUCAAACAAAACUUAGCGCUGUAUAAACAGGCGGGCUGUAUAAAAACAUAUAUUCAAAUGAAUGGACAACCUGUAGACAGUGACAUUGUGGCAUUUAACAACGUAUAUGUGAAGGUAGAGCCACAGGGAUUUGAAACUGGAGAUGUGCAAGGCGCUGUAGAUGCACUUUACCUAUUGUAUUCCUCGGGUACCACUGGUCUUCCCAAAGGUGUAAUGUUGACUCACCUAAACUCUUUAUAUGCUGCAUCUAAUUUAAUGAGCGACAGCUUGGAGAGUCGGUUGCGGGUAUGCUACUUAACGGUAGUGCCGUGGUACCACGCAUACGGCCUUAUGACUACCAUUAAUAACCUCACCAACGGCAAGAUGAUUGUAUACUUCCCCGGUUUUUUUCCGGAACAAUACUUGCAAGCAAUUGAGAAGUAUAAGGUGAAUGUGCUAUUCACAGUACCUCCUAUGAUGAUAUUCUUCACGAAAUCUCCGCUGGUGGAGAAAUACGACAUGUCGUCAGUGAAGCUGGCGUGGUGCGCCGCCGCGCCGCUCUCCACUGACACCAUCAGACAAGUCAUGCGACGCUUUCCGAAUUGCAAGGGUAUUUUGCAAGCGUACGGUAUGACGGAAACAUCGACCGCGGCCACCAAAGACCCGGAGGACGACGCCACCAUUCACAAGCCGGGCAGCGGGGGCCCGCCGCUACCGGGAGUUUGCGUUAAAGUUGUCGACGUAAAAUCUAGAAAAAGGUUAGGACCUUUAGAGAAUGGGGAAAUUUGUAUCAAAGGGCCCGUCGUGAUGAAGGGCUAUCUUGGCAAUGAGGCUGCGAACCGCGACAUCAUGGACGAUGAGGGAUUUAUUAAGACCGGCGACAUCGGAUACUAUGACCACGACGGAUACUUCUUCAUCGUGGAGAGGAUUAAAGAAUUAAUCAAAUAUAAAGGACAUCAGCUGCCUACAGCAUUCGUAGUCCUUAAACCCGGACACCAGCUCACUGAGAAGGAAUUACUGGAUUUUACCGCCACAAGGUUAUCGCGAUCUAGCCAGCUCCGGGGCGGCAUCAUAUUCGUUAACGAAAUACCCAAAAAUCCAUCAGGCAAGAUACUACGCCGCGUGCUGAAGGAAUCAUUACAAAAGAAAAUAAAAAAUAAGUUGUGAUAAAUAUAUUUUUGUAUACUAAUUUUAUAUAAAUAAUGUUGGUUUAUUUACUGGUAAAGGAUAUUGAUGCUGA